CUCUCGAAUCAAUUUAGGGUUUCUCCCCGCGCCACUCUCGAUUCCCACGUCCCAAUGGCGAUCGAAGGGGAGAAGCGACCGGAGGCGUCGCCGUCGCCGUCGCCGUCGCCGUCGGCCGUGAAGACGACGGCGAGCCCCGGGGACAACGUGUCGCAGAGCAACCCCCGCGGCCCUCCUCCUCAUCCUGCGCCGAAGCGCGACGAGGAGGAGGCGGAGGCGGAGGAGGAGGAGACGAGCAGGCCCCAGGGCCCGUCGGAGUUCAUGAUGGAAGUCGCCGCCAAACUGGCCUCCCAGCCUCUGAGCAACAGUGACCCUCGAGCCUGGGGCGUGCUCACUGCAAUUUCGAAUAACGCGCGCAAGAGACAACAGGGCUCAAAUGUGCUUCUUACGGCAGCUGUGCACAAAAUCGGGAGAAUGGUAGUGGAUUCACAUUUUCGGAUUGACUCCUUAGCAGUUAGUGGGAAUCAUUGCAUGAUAUACAGGAAGACAAUCGCUACUGAAGCUUUGGAAACUUCUAAGGGUCAGACAUCAGUUUUCUUGAAAGAUACUAGCACUAAUGGGACAUAUGUUAACUGGACAAAGUUGAAGAAAAGUGAUCCGGAAGCCAACAUCAAUCAUGGAGACAUUAUAUCAUUUGCUGCUCCUCCUCAUCAGGAAGCUGCGUAUGCAUUUGUAUUUCGAGAAGUCACCAGGUGCACUUCAACCAUGGAUGGGGGAUCUGCUAAAAGAAAAGGAGGUAUAUUCAUGACAUUGGAGGAAAUUGGCCCUGAAAUCAAGAGAUUUAAAGGCAUCGGGAUUGGUUCUCUAGAAGGUCCAAUAUCUCUUGAUGAUUUUCGAAGCCUGCAGCGGUCAAAUGCAGAAUUAAGGAGGCAACUGGAAGAUCAGGUCUGUCGAAUUGAUGUAUUACAGGAUGAGAAUCGUGCAUCUGUUGAGCUUCAUGAAAAUGAAAUGAAGGAGGUGAAAGCAUCAAUUUCAAGGUCCUACCUCGAACAGGUUAAAGAGUUGCAAGAUAUGGUUGACACGAAAAAGAAGGAGCUUCUGGAAAUGCACAAGUCAUCAGCUGAACAAAAACAUGUCAUUGAAGAUCUUAAUGAAAGGCUGAGUGCUUCUCUGCAGUCAUGUGCUGAAGCAAAUGAGAUUAUGGAUAGUCAAAAGGCAUCCAUAGCUAAACUUAAAGAACAGUUGGUGGAAGAGCGAGAUCAAAGAAGAGAAGAACGUGAAAAGGCUGCAGCAGAUCUAAAAGCUGCUGUGCAAAGAGCUCAUGCAGAGGCUCAGGAGGAGCUAAGGCGGUUUUCGGAUGCUGCCUCAAAACGAGAGCAAGAGCAGCAAGAAUUAAUAAAUAAGCUCCAGGAUACAGAGAGAGAAAGGUGCUCAUUACUGGAUACUUUGAGGAUCAAAUUGGAGGAUACGAGGCAAAACCUGGUCAUCUCUGACAAUAAGGUACGGCAGUUAGAAGCUCAACAUCGUGAAGAACAGGAAGCCUGUGCAGAUAAAAGAAAAAGAGUAGAAGAACUUGAACUUGAGCUCAGAACAUUGAGAAAAGAGCUUGAAAGUGAGAAGCAGGCUGCUCGAGAAGAAGCAUGGGCAAAAGUUUCAAAACUUGAGCUUGAGAUUAGUUCUGCAAUCCGUGAUCUUGAUUUUGAGAGGAGACGGUUGAAAGGCGCCCGGGAAAGAGUGAUGCUGCGGGAGACUCAGUUACGGGCAUUUUAUUCCACAACUGAAGAAAUCAUGGUGUUAUUCUCAAAGCAGCAGGAACAAUUGAAAGCUAUGCAGAGGACCCUGGAGGAUGAGGAGAAUUAUGAAAACACUUCACUUGAUAUUGACCUCAAUGUAGCUGAUGGGAACAUUGAUGGUGCCGUGGACGGAAGGAAAGAGGAGAACAGCAAUCGCGGUAACAAUGAUGCCAAGGAAAAGUCAGCUCCCUCAGCACAGAGAUGCAACAGUGAUUAUGUUGUUGCUUCUACAGAUGACGACAGUGUCACCGAGAAACAUGAAUGUGAUAUCAGAAGCCAAGAAAACACUCAAAAUACACAAGAGGCUGAUUUCACCAGUGCUGGUCAGAAUGUUAAAGGUGGAUUUGGCUCUGAGAUUGAUGGUCUUGGAACGGAACCAGUUAUGGAGGGAGAUCUUGUUGACACUCAGCAAGUUCUCGAGACUGAGAGCCCUGGAAUUGAUGGUAGGCAAAAAAUCGAUCUGAAUAGAGUUGGUAUUUUGGCCGGAGACACAAUGCAACUUGAUGAAGGAUCAAAUGUGCAAGAAACUGCUGAUCAAGCUCAAACACUUAGUCAGGAACAGGAAACUCUACAGCAUAACGAAUCGAACAAUGCUCCUGACACCUUAAAAGCUACGCAAGAUAUCGAAGCGGAAACUCUGGGCACGAUCGGGACAGCAGACCUCUUAGCUUCCGAAGUUGUUGGGAGUUGGGCUUGUAGCACUGCUCCUUCUGUCCAUGGAGAGAAUGAAUCUCCUGGAAUUAGAGUUGAGAAUGAGGAUGGUGCGGCACCUUUACCCAAUUCCAAUGGCCUUGUUGCCGAGAGUCAAAGUACUCCAUCAUCUGAUGCAGCUGUGGCUAGACUGAAUCAAGAACGGCGUGCUUUGACUGAGAUGAUUGGGAUUGUUGCCCCUGAUCUGAAGGAGAAGUUUGCUGGUGCAAUGAAUAGGGAUCGCUCUGAGGGGAGAGAAAACCAGGGUGCUGUUUCAGGCUCUGAUACAGAGGAUUAUACGGAGAGUGAUCAUGCCAAUGGCAGUGCCCGAGGCCAGUCGAGCUCAGAUACGGAGACCGAAGAGAGCAAUAGAGCUGACGAGGGUCGAAAUUUGGAUGAUCCGAUGGAUGAUGAUGAAGAUACCCAAGAAGACUCACUCGGCUAGAAAUUUUGUAUGCGGUAUCUGAAUCAGGUCUUUAUAGAUUUUUGACACUGAAAGGAUCUACAUUUUUGCCCCUCCUCCUUGUUCUCCGGAAUCGCAAUCUCAUCCCUUUGUAAAUAACUAAUUUAUGUAUAGAAGUUAUAAUUUGCUCA